AUGGAGCAGCUAAGGAUGGACUCCCAGGCAGGACAUCCCGGAUCGGUGAAGUAUCAGAAGCUGCUUCUUCUGGAGUAUGGAUCGGAGGAAGAAGAGGAGGAGACGAAGGCAGUGCUAUUUCCAGACUUGGGCCACCCGAGGGCUCCACAAGAAAAUUCAUCCCAAAGCAGGCAAAGCAGGCACGAGGCCUGGGCCCGGAUACUCUCGGGCCUCCUGCUGCUUGGACUAAGCUCCUACUUGGCUGCCAGACAGCUGCAGGCCAGGGGGGUCUCGGACCGAGGCCAGGAAACAGCAACCCCUAAGAUCCAGAGCCCGGAUCAUCACACAUCUGGACACCACCAUGGUCCUGGCAUAUAUCCUCACGGAGCAGUUAUCAGUGGGUCAGAAACAUGCUCCAUCCUAGGGAGAAACCUGCUGCUGGAUGGAGGGAAUGUGGUGGAUGCAGGGGUGGCAACUGCCCUCUGCCUGGCAUUAGUGCAUCCCCAUGAAACGGGAUUAGGUGGCGUGUUCUGGGCCCUGUUUCAUAAUAGUUCAUCUAAUCAAACCACAGCCCUGACCCCAGCCCCAGCCCAGGCUCUGGCCCCUGGCCUGGGAAUGCCCGGGGCUCUGCCUGCCCUCCACCAUCUACACCGAAGCCUAGGCCAUCUGCCCUGGCCCCGACUGUUGGCUGCCACCAUUGCCCUGGCCCGAGAUGGCUUCUCCAUAGACAAAGCCCUGGCAGAGGCCCUGGCAGAACAGGAUGCGGCAGGCCGGGCCACAGGUCUCUGCCCACUACUGUGCCACCCCAAUGGGACUGUGCUGGGCCAGGGCGCCCAUGUUACCAACCUGGGCCUGGCUGCUGUACUCCAGAGAGCUGCCCAGGCUCCUGAGACUGAGGAUCAGCUUCUGGGUGCUCUCCUCCGCCCUCUGGCACAAGACCUAAACCUAGAAGAGCCCCCGGGGGGCACCAUGCCCACACUGGAGCCAGCCCUACAGCUUGCAUUGCCCCAAGGCCUGCUGUUUACCACCCCAGGCCUUACGGCUGGUGAGCUGCUGUUAAACAUCGUGAAAAAACCCCUGCAGGCAGAGGGGCUGAUCUCUGACCCCUGCCCUGAGUUCCUGGCAGCUGCCCAAGAUGCAUAUGCCAGGGUCACUCCCGCAGCCCCUAUAGGUAGCAUCUUGGCAGCCAUGGACAAUGAGGGCUCUGUGCUCCUCCUGGCCUCCUCUCUCAAUAGCACCUUCGGCUCUGGACGGCUGUCACCAUCCACGGGUGUCUUCCUGAGUGACUUUGUGGGAGGUGCCCAUGCUGCCACCUGGGCCUGCCCUGCCCUGCUCUGCUGUGGUCCCGAAGGCGACGUGCUAGCGCUGGCAGCUCCCGGAGGGUCCUUGGCACCCCUGGCUCUGGCUGAGAUCCUGCUCAGCCACUUGGCUCUUCAGCAGCCCCUGCCCGAGGCCGUCACUCAGCCCCAGCUCCAGCUGCAGCUUGGGUCCAAUGGGGCUCCUCAAAGCUGCAGGAGGACCCCUCCUAAACCGGGAUCUCCCAACCCCAAGCCCCUGCUCCUAGUGGCCACCCAUGCUGAACACGUCAGGGCCACAGGGGUCCCAGCCGGGUACUACCCUUCACACGGGCACUAG